UGCGCAUGCGCCCAGUGCAAACAGCCAUUUUACGCGGGUGUGUGUGUGGAGCGGGUGGAUGGCCCUGUGAUCUGCUCCGUGUCCCGUGAUUCUUGGGAUUCUGUGACCGUGAAGCACUGUUCUGUCACGGUGAGCUCAAACGCUCUGUUGUGACUUGCUUGUGGUGAGUUUGACGUCUUGGCCUUCCCGGAUUGUGACAGCCUUCUUGGCCCAAAGCUAACGUUAGCAUCACCUGAAGCUAAGGAGUUCGUAGGCUGGUCUUCUCUAGAGAGGAGGAUAAUGUCAAAGCGCAGGAAGAGGAUGUCUCAAGUGUCCAGUGUAGAGGUGGACAUGUCAGAUGAGGGAGACAGGAGAGAAGGUCCUCCGUCUCUGGAUGAGUGUCGCUGUACUGUGUGUCUGGAGAUCUUCCUGGAGCCAGUUACACUUCCUUGUCGCCACACUUUCUGCAAGAGCUGUUUCCUGGAGUCUGUGGACAAAGCAGCAUUGUCCUGCCCACUGUGUCGGCUGCGUGUAUCGACGUGGGCUCGUGUAAACAGUAAGAAAAACACGCUGGUCAACGAUCAGCUGUGGAAGCAGAUCCAGACCCAUUUCCCUCAGCAUUGUGAACGUCGCCGUUCAGGACGGGGGGACGAGGACGAUUUGGGAGUGUCGUGUGUUCCCACACUCAGUCGCCCUGGAGAGGUGCAGCGGGAGUAUCAGGACCAAGUCACUAAGAUGACGGAGGAGAAGAGAGCACUGGAUGAGGAGCAGAGGAUAGAGAGUGAGGUGUUCAUCCAGAGACUGUUGGAGGAAGAGCAGGCAAAGCUGAGGGAGGAGGAGAAAAGGCGUGAGGAGGACGAGAGGCUGGCAAAGCAGCUGAGCAGUGAACUGAACGCCACUCCAGAAAGCCUACGUCCUGCUAACAUUGCUGCUGCAUCGAGGAAGAAGGAGGUCCUAUGUGGACAGAUUGAGAAGUUCUUUGCUCGUCCCUCUAAGCUGUUCUCAGACAGUAGCCCCGCCUCCACCUUAAAGUCCAACAAGGAGAACAUCAUCUCUGAUCUGGACCAUCAUGAACCAACAACAAAUAGAACAGAGAUGCCACACAGAAGUCACCUGACAGCUCCAACCCCACCCACAAAGAGGAAAGUCUCUGAACUGGAAGCGAUGGAUGAGGAUAACAAGGAGGCAAUGGCCAAACAAGGCUGUCACACCUCCUCUUGCCUGCAGGGGGCAGUGCUGUCCUCCCAGGUGGAGGCUGAGUGGGAUACAGAGCUUAUGAGUAGACAGCAGCAGGAGGAGGAAGAUCGGCGCCUCGCUCUGCUGCUACAGAAGGAGCUUGACCAGGAAGAGAAACGGAGAGCGAGUGACCGACGCAAAGGGUCAGCUGAUGCCUACCUUCUUCGAAAGAGUAAAGGGAAGAGGGUGGAGCCUGGCAGCAAAACGCCAAAGACGCCCAAUGGGAGAACUUCAAAGAGAUCCUCCUCUACUUCCUCCUCCUCCAGGACCUGCAGUAAACAGACAACCCUCACUGAGAUGUUCUCCAGCAGAUGAACCCCCCUCCCCCGUUCUUAUUCUUUAUCUCUAAUCUGCUGUUGUUUUAUACAGAGACACAAGGACAAUGUUUACAGACUUUUUAAAGCUGUAGUUCAGGUUAUUUGAAAUAUGGUUUUCAUGAGAUACUGACACAUUGUCAGUUCCUCAUACAACCACAACUCAAAAAAAUUAUGAAGCCCCGCCCCCUGAUCUAGCUGCAGUGGACAUGAUGCAUUCAAGACAACAAUUAUAGACGAUUUAUAGUUUUUUGUUUGUUUUUGCAGUUGUGGUUUUGGCAUGUGACCUGAAGGCAUCGAUUUUCUGAGUGUUUGUUUAGAUGUGUUGACAGCUCAGACAUGUUAUGUCAUUGUUCAUUUGCAGAGAAUAAAAACGGGUAGGAAUGCCAUGUUUUCUGACAAAAAACUUAA